AUGAAGUCUGAAAGAAAGAACCAGCAAGAGCCUGAGGCCACCCUAUUUGAACGCUGUAUGGCACAAGUGGGUUACUUCAAAGGCAGAAAGAUCCCCGUAUACACCGCCGGAGAACUUGAGUACGAAAAGUCUGUCGCGAACUCGAAUCUUCUCUAUCGCUUUGACAGACCAGCUUGCGUCGUCCAACCCGAGCAUGAAUACCAUGUUCGCGUCGUCGUUGAGCGAGCCAAGAAAAAGAACUUGACUAUGCGAGUUAAGAAUGGCGGUCACUCAUACGCUGGGUUCUCGUCUAUACAAGAUGGUAUCUCUAUUGACUUGGUCAACAUGAAACGGGUGGACCUUGACAUGGACAACAUGACUAUUACUAUGGAUGCAGGAGCCCUGUGGGCUCAUGCUUAUCACGAGCUGAUCAACGAACACCACAAUGGUUAUGUGAUUAACGGCGGACGUUGCCCUAGCGUCGGAGUUAGCGGCUUCACUUUGGGUGGAGGCUUAGGACCGUUCACCCGAAGCUUCGGUUUAGGAAGUGACACGCUCAUGGGAGCUCGCAUCGUCACUCCCGAUCGCGUGAUCCAAGUAUCUCGUGAUGACAAGGAAAUCGAGAACAAGAAGCUCUUCUGGGCCCUUUGCGGCGCUGGGGGAAACAACUAUGGAGUCGUAACCCAGCUGAAGAUGGAUGUUCAGAAGUUGAAGCAAGAUGUUGUAGUUGCUGGGGUUUAUACCUGGUCACCAUUCGGUGACCUAGAGUCCCAGUCACACUUUACCGAAACCAUGGCAGAGUUCUACCUUGCUGAUUGGUCAAACGAGAUGACCAUCGACACCAGUUGGUUGAUGGACCUGAAAGACAGCCGAGAGGUUCCGGCAGUGCGAUUUCUAGCCUACUACAACGGGCUAGAGAAAGCUUUUGACAAAGAGGUAAAUGAACGUCUACAAGCCUGUGUCAAAGGCCCGAAAGAAUGCAAGUCACUACAGCAGCAUCUCAAAGAUCGAACUCUACAAGAGCCCUCGACCCGAUUUCUUCACGAGACUCUUGUUGCUCAAUGGUCGGAAGAGACACAGAGGUCCUUGCCUUCAAAUGCCGCUUUCAAGGUCUGCACGUCGUUUUCGUUUACCAAGUUCACCAAUGACACCAAGGGAAAACUCUUCGAGAUCAUCGGUAUCCUUCAAGAGAGGCUCGUGGCUUUCAAGAAGCAGUUCAAGGGUGAAGAGGGCUCUAUUAGAGUUUCUUGGAUCCAUUCCGGGGGCGCGUCAAGCAAGGAGGAAUCUGCCUAUUCCGCUUACCCGUGGCGUGAAUGUGUAUAUCACACUUACGUCAUGAUUGAGUGGAAGGACAAGUGGUUGGAGAAAGAUAUGCGAGAGUUUCUCGGUACUUUCAACGCGAAGCUGAGAGAGUAUUCCAUGAGCAAACUGGGCGUGUACAUCAACUUUCCAGACGAAAACUUAGACGGAAACACCUAUGAGAGAGCAUACUAUGGUGAAAAUGCAGGGGAGUUGCAAAGGAUCAAGGCAGUUUGGGACAAAGAUAAUAUUUUUGGAUGGUCGCAUGGGAUAAGGCCCGGACCCCAUGUUGAAGAUGCUAGUUUGUUGGCAGACACAUCCUCACCUCCACCGCCGAGCAAUAAUGCCAUUUGCGAGGGGUUUGCAAACCCGAAGGAGAUGUUGGAUAAAUUUGCGAGCGAGUCUUGGCCUAGUCACGCACCUGGCCUUGAAAGUUCUUUGGUUGGACCAGAUAUCCUAUAA